AUGGCCAAAAGUGGAGAAUUCGCUGAAUUUGUUGCCGAAUAUGUCGUUAAACAGGAAUCUCAAGAAAUUGAUGAGAAAGAACUGCAAAUUCUGGCAAAACUGAAACAAACAGUAAAACCAUUGAUUGAAAAGCAAUUGUCCGUCAGAUCUAAUGACAGCGAUUCUGAAUCACAAAAUGUGUCAAAACAUGUGUCUAUAAGCGACCCAAAUACAGAGAAAACAUCUGAAGUAGAAAUUCUUGAAGAAAAGUCUGAAAAAAAUAGUAAUACAAAACCUAAUGAUAAUAAUGAAGAAGAAUUGUCUGAUGAAAGUAAAGGCAAACUCAUAGACAAAGAAGUGUCGGCCAAAGGAGGCAUCAAAAUGAGUGUCUAUAAGCAAUACUUCGGUCUAAUCGGCGCCUGGAGUUUGGUUACAAUAUUCGUGGCCUUCAUUGCGUCAAACAUCGCGAGCGCGGCGUCGGGUCUAUGGCUGAGCGAGUGGUCAAACGACGCGCUAAAACCACGCGUUGGCAACGGAACAGAUCUACGGGUGUAUCGGCUCGGGGUCUACGCCGGCAUCGGUGGGGCCGAAGUGAUUGCCCUCAUUAUCGCACAGUUAUGGCUACGGAUACGGUGUAUGCGAACCAGUAAUCAAUUGCACGACCAGAUGAUCAGGCGUGUGGUUCGGGCGCCCAUGUCUUACUUCGAUGGAAUCGACACUUUGGAUGGUUAUGUGAUCUAUGUAUUGGAUUUAACGUUCAUUAACUUCUUUAUGAUGACACAGUCGCUGAUAAUUAUAUCAUUUGAGACACCAUUAGUACUGCUGGCCAUCGGACCCAUUAUUAUAGUGUAUAUCGUAUGCCAACGGAUUUACAUCUCGAGCUCCCGACAAAUCAAACGCAUUGAAUCCGAGACCCGAUCGCCGAUUAUAAGCUAUUUGAGUGAGACUUUCAACGGAACGGCAAGUAUUAGGGCGUUUGACGCCGACCACUGGUUUGUCCGGCAGUCGUACCGACGGCUCGACGCCAACAAUCAAUGUGUUUAUUUGGAUUCUUGUGGCGAACAGUGGCUAAAGAUUAGGCUCGAGUUCUUGGGCUCAUUAAUAGUGUUUGUGUCAACCAUGUCUGCCGUGAUCUUCAGGGAUCAGUUGUCGCCCGGUUUGGCAGCGCUAGUAAUCAACUACUCUUUGAAUAUAACCUUAAUUUUAAGCGCAUUUGUAACUUAUAUCAGUCAUACCGAUAAAGCUAUGGUUACCGUUGAAAAGUGUAUGGAAUUAACACAAACUCCUCAAGAAGCCGAGUGGUAUAAUGAGAAGACCAAACCCGCGGACAACUGGCCGACAAUGGGUUGCAUUGAGUUCACAGACUAUUGCACUAAAUAUAGAGAGGGUUUAGAUUUAGUGCUCAAAGAUAUAGCAAUUGAUAUGAAAGGCCGACAAAGGGUUGCGAUCGUCGGCCGCACCGGCGCUGGAAAGUCGUCCCUCGCGUUGGCUCUCUUCAGACUCAUUGAGCCGACGGCCGGAACCGUUACCAUCGAUGGCGUCGACUGCUCUACCAUUGAGCAGUCGACGCCAUCGAUGGUAACGGUUCCGGCCGUCGGCUCAAUGAGUCUGAAGAGAGCCAACGCGAGGGACGACUUUCCAGCGCCGGUGCGGCCGACGAUCGCAACCCUUUGUCUGCCUUUCAUAUCAAUUGCUAUAUCUUUGAGCACUAAAUCCAAACCAAAUCUAUAUUUAGUGCAAUAG